AACCUUCGCUUGUCAACAACAUAUUUUCACCAGACAAGAUUUUCGCAGAUUUACAAAAUUGCAAUAUUUAUUUAUUUUAAAAUACAAUAAUGAAACGAACACUUUGGGGUAGUAUAAAAGAAAAGCAAGAAGAAACGCUUUUCAAUAAACUCGUAUCACAAACCGUCAAACAACAAAAACUAAAUGAAGCUGGUAAAAACAAACCCAAGCCAAAGGAUCUCAAAGUAUUUGUUAAAGUUAAAAAUCCUCUUGUUACUCAAACAAUUGAAGUGAUGAAACAAACAGAAAUGUUGCAGUCCCUUAUAGACACCUAUUCCAAUAAAUCGGGAUCCAAUAACUAUCUCCUCAAUCCAUGUCAAAUGAUUCCACAAGUUGAUUUUCCUCCGGAAAAUGCCACUGAUUUUGUAAAUGACGACAAAUUCGCUAAGCCCCUCUGGUUCAUACCACCAAAUCAGACUGACUUCACACGAGGAGAACCCAAGGAAUAUCCCCAAAUAAAUAAACCUGUUUGCAAGGAAUCCCUUCGGAAAGCAAUCUGCGGGCAAUUAUGCAUCGCUGGCUUCACAGACACCGCCGAAAGUGCUCUAGUUUUGUUCACAGAUGCCCUCGAGGAGUUCAUCAGAAAUUUUAUACUACAAAUCAAAGAUAUCCAAUGCAAUGAGCACGCAGACAGACAAAGUUCGAUUGAUAUCUUGACUCUGGAAAGAGCCUAUUAUGCUCUGACUAGCACUUCACUCACUGCAAUUCACAACUAUUUUAAAAACAAUCUAAUUGCCCGCAAUCGCUCGGAAAUUCGAGAAUUUCGAGGAGUGUUGCAAGAAUACGAUAAGCUGAUGAAAGAAAGCCAAAGUAUGCAGAAGGGUCCCUUCCAGGAAAAUGAUUUCAUGAAUUUUCUAGACUUUACAGCAACUGCUGGACCAACAACACAGGACAAUUCUACAGCUUCAACUUCUGGCCAUGUUGUUGGCUAUAUUGAAGGACAGAACCAUAUAACUGUGCAGAAUUCUAGGUGAUUCUGUCACAAUCAACAUGAUAAAUUAAA